AUGGGGCUGACGUACUCCUCGCUGCCUGUCUCCACAGGCUUGGGAAGAAUAAGCCAGGUGCCGGACUUCCAAGGCAUCCGGCUGGUGCUCAGGCAACAGUACUUGCCAACAGCCGGAUGCUCGCAAGGCCCUGGUUCGACAUCCAGGCCAUCGCGAGGUCCGCAGUCUACAGGCAGUCAGGCAGCCGUGUCGGCAGUUCUGGUCGGAUGCCAGUGCAAGUUCGGACGGCGGCGCUUGAAGCGGGCGGCGGGAAGUGCACUUAAGGCGCAGUCAGCGCCGAGGCCAUCGCCACCGACCGCCGUGAAAGACGCAGAAGACUUUGACAGCAGUGAUGUGCUGCCUGGAUCUGAGCUGGAAUCAAUGAUGAGUGAACUUCGCACACUGGAGGCUUCCCGGGGAUCCGAGGGCUCCGAGGACUCUGAGGACAGCGUCGUGGUGGCUGAGGCAGAUGAUGCAACGGCAAUCGAGCCUGUCGAUGUCACUCAAAUUGAGCGCAGUGGCCAGAUUGCUGUUCUCGGUGUUCCAAACUCUGGAAAAUCCUCCUUGGUCAACGCGCUCGUGGGCGCGAAGGUGUCCAUUGUCUCGCCGAAGCCACAGACAACGCGCCAAAGAAUUUUGGGCCUGGCUUUGCUUGCUCCAACUGUUGACUCCGCACCAACGACCCAGGCUGUCUUCGCUGACACAGCUGGCAUAAUGGAGGUCGGUGAGUCUGUGUCGGAGUUUGCUUUCAGACACAAGCGAAAACGCUUGUUUCGGCAAACGAGGCUCCACAAGGCAAUGGUGAAAACAGCAUGGAAACAAACCAGAGCAUCCGAUGCAUUGUUUUGGGUCUUGGAUGCCUCAAAAUGCCUGGCAUAUGGCGAUUACAUGCCUGCCUGUGCAGAGCUGGAUGGCGUGUCAAUUGGGCCUGCAGUCGAGGACUCCUGGUGGCUACAUCCUGAGCUUGCAGAAGAGCUGUCAUUCUUGAGAAGGCUGCGACGCUUGAAUGCAAAGGUGAACGUGGUACUCAACAAGGUCGACCUGCUUCGGGACAUGCACGUGGAUGUAGAAGCUUUUGUGUCGCAAAUGAAGGAUGUGCUCGUUAGAGACUUGGGUGUCGAUGCGAACGAUGAGGUGUUGCUGCAGAACCUGUGGCCGACCUCAGUACUCAAGGAUCCCGAAUCUCUUGAUCCAAUCAAAUUGUGGCUGUGCGAGAACCUUCCCAAGCAAAGUCCAAUUUACCCCGUGGAGAGCCUCAGCGACGUUCCCGCACGAGUAGCAGCUUCUGAGAUCACCAGGGAGAAGUUGUUCAAUGUUCUGAGGGAGGAAGUUCCGUACCAAAUAGCAGUCACCAACGUGGUUUGGCAAGAGGAAGCAGAUGGCAUGCUUCGACUUGGCCAGAGAGUUAUUGUCAACAAUGAGGGGCAAGUCAAAAUAGUUCGAGCUUGGCUGAGACAGGUGACCGAAGAAGCUGAAGCAGAAAUUUCGGAGAUCGUGAAUUUGGGCAGGCCAGUGGAGCUCCACUUCCAGAUUCAGGUGGAUCCAAAGUGGCAGGAAAAGGAAGAUUAUUAUCAGGACCUCCAAGGUCUGCUAGACCGGAGCGGUUCCCUUCUUUUCCCACAAUAG